UGAACACCAAAGUUCAAAGGCAGCACACGCGUGAAGUCACCUGGUGGCUUUCUCUUACUGGUAAUCUGCAAGGACCGGACCACUUAAUGGUGCCGUGCCGAAGCAAUAUACUUCCAGGACUACCAAGCCUUGCAGGACAACAGUACUGGCAAUGGUCAAGGUGGAGAUCUUCACGUGAACAGAUCUCACAGAAUUUGCUCUCCAUGGCUCAGGGUGACGAUUGGUUGCGUCUGUCACAUGGCCACCUCGUGCGCAGAGUAACUACUGCUCAUGAGUCCAGCAGAACUCCUUUCAGAGUUAGAAGCCUUUUCAUGGAAGGAGAGGCAAGCGGUCCAGGGCAGAAGGUCGAUUUUGAAAGUUCGAUACCACCUUCAUCCCAGAAGGUGGGCAGGCUAGUGUCUACGCCUCCAGCUAGCAAGGGGACCUCGGAGGAUUAAUUACCAGUGGCCGAUGACCGAUGGAUGGCGGCCUGUCGAUCUGCAGUCGAUGGUAGCAGCCUUUUUCCUUUUUCUUACCAGUUAAAACACUACGUAUGAACACCGAGGAUUUACCGACGUUGACGACAACAGGAAAAAACUACCGUCGUUUUCUAAUGAAAUUGAACUAACUGGUAAACCCUUCUUCCUCCCUCACUCCCUCCCUCUCGAGUUAUGACUGCAAACCCUGUUGAUGAAAGGUCAGGUCCCCAUAAAUAAGAGUAAACUUUAUCUCGUCUCUUUCUUUCUCAAUAUAGAUCACAGAGAAGAUCAUCACCAGAUGCACCCUUGUCAUUAUGUACUAUAAAAUACUGACAAAGAUAACAUUCGGACCAGAGGGAACUCCGAUGAGGGUCCAUCCA